GCGAGAGCGCCUUGCCUGCCUGCCUGCCUGCCUCACACUGCCAGGGGGCGAGGACCAGAAGGAGGCGUCUGAGAAGGCGGUGCCUCUUGGAGGAAGUUUACAUUUUUAUUGAAGAAACUGAGAGGAGAAAACUCUAAGCCGAGUCCUGGGUGACAUCCACACACCUAGAAGCCACCAGACUACAGCUGCUUGGCUGCUGUUGGCGUGUGGUGGUGACUCCAGGGGGACGGCUCGCCCAGUGGGAGCUGUCUGUCCCGCCCUCGGGUGGGGUGAAAGCUUGGGAAGGAGCAGCGAGUCCGGAGUAGAGAGAGAUCGUCCUCAGCAGCCUCCGGGGCCGUCCCAGCAGCAAUCACCCCAGAAGCGACAGCCUCAGCCGCGGCAGCCUUAGCACCAUGGGCGGAGCAGCCUCCAGUCAGCUGGACGAGAGCAAAUGCACUUAUAUCCAAGGCAAAACUGAAGCUGCUAUCAAAAACUUCAGUCCCCAUUAUCGUCGCCAAUAUUCUGUGGCCUUCUACAAUGAUGUCUGGAGUGAAGUUGAACAACAUAAAGACCUGAGAUCCCAGUUCUUAAAAACCAAGCCACCCUUGGAUACAGAGACAGUCUUGUUUGAAGGAGAACUAUCCCAUUUUGCAGAUGACCUAAAGAAAUGGAAAGACAGAUACAUUGUGGUUAAAAAUGACUUUGCACUGCAAAUCUAUGAAAACAAAGAGGCUUAUCAGAAAGGAGCCAGUCCUAAAAGUCGAAUUCUCCCAGCAGGAGGCAAAGUUUUAAUUUCUGAAGACAAUUACAAUUUAUUAUCUGACCGACAUUUUCCUGAUCCUAUUGCUCCCAGCGAAAAGGAGACUUCUCAGCCCUUUGUUGUUUUACCAAAAGAAUUCCCCGUAUACCUGUGGCAGCCCUUCCUCAGACACAACUACUUCUGUUUCCAAGAUUCAGCAGACCAAAAACAGUUCAGUGCUCUAUUGAAUGACUGCAUUCGACAUCUGAAUCAUGAUUAUUUGAAGCAGAAAACAUUUGAAGCCCAAGCCUUUUUGGAAGCAGUGCAAUUCUUCCGGCAGGAGAAAGGCCACUAUGGAUCAUGGGAAAUGAUCACUGGGAAUGAAGUCCAGAUCUUGAGCAACCUUGUGAUGGAAGAACUCUUGCCAACCCUUCAGACGGACCUUCUACCUAAAAUGAAAGGAAAGAAGAAUGACAGGAAAAGAGCUUGGUUUGGUAUUUUAGAAGAAGCCUACAACUUAGUCCAGCAUCAAGUUUCAGAAGGAUUAAGUGCUUUGAAAGAGGAAUGCAGAACUAUGACAAAGGACCUGGAAGGAACCAUUCGUUCAGACAUGGAUCAGAUUGUGAACUCAAAGAACUUCUUAUCUGGAAAAAUCAGAGUCAUGGUGGCUGAACUUGCUGGGCGAACUUGUGCAGAGAGCGUGCAACCAUUUCUGGCUUCUAUCUUGGAGGAACUCAUGGGGCCAGUGAGUUCUGGAUUUAGUGAAGUCCGGGCCCUCUUUGAAAAAGAGGUGAAUGAAAUCAGUCAAAGUUUCCAGACCAACAAAGAUCCUGCUCAGCUGAGGGAGCACUUGGACCAGCUGAUGAAUCUCCCAUUGAACUCAGUAAAGAUGGAACCUUGUUAUUUGAAAGUCAAUCUACUCCAAGAGCAACUCCAAGAUCUCAAGAGCCGCUUCAAGUUCCCCCACAUUGACUUGGUGGUACAGAGGACUCAAAACUACAUGCAAGAACUCAUGGAAAAUGCAGUCUACACUUUUGAGCAGCUUCUAUCACCCCAUCAACAAGGAGAUGUGUCCAAAAUCUCAACCGCCAUUGAAAAAGUCAAGAAACGAGUCUUAAAGCAAUAUGAUUAUGAUAGCAGUACCAUCCGGAAGAUGCUAUUUCAAGAGGCACUGGUUCAGAUCACACUGCCCACAAUGCAAAAGGCAUUGGCGUCAACGUGCAAGCCAGAGCUUCAGAAAUAUGAGCAGUUUAUCUUUGCAGAUCAUACCAAUGUCAUCCAGGUUGAAAAUGUCUAUGAGGAGAUUUUGUAUCAGACCCUCCUUGAUGAAACUUUGAAAGUGAUAAAGGAAGCUGCUGUUCUUAAGAAGCACAAUCUUUUUGAGGACAACAUGGCCUUGCCUUGUGAGAGUGUGUCCAGCUUAACUGAUCUAAAAACCCCCUCUGGGUCCAAUCAGGCCAGUCCUGCCAAGAAAUCAUUGACAGGCCUGCAAGCAAUUUUAGACCAAGAAACAUCAAGUAAUGAAGUGUUCCUCACAUCCGAGGAGAAGAGACCAGAGAACCAACCUGAGUGUGCUUAUCCCUCUGCCAGGGAAGAAAGCAUGUCUUUCCAGUUGUCUAGCCCUUCUCUGAAUGCCAGUGAGAAAGUGAUUAUUUCUGGGAUGUUUGACGAAACAGAUUCAUCCCCUUUGAUUCUAGCAGCCCAAGAGGAAAAGGUAGAUCCCCUAAACAGAAAUACACCUGGAAUGGAGCUUGGGGGAAUUCCUGAAAAUGUCAACCAGUCUGGAGAAAAAACUCUUGCCCCAGAUUCCCUGAGUGAAAUCAGGAACUUGUUGACAGUGACUGUUGAGGUGCCAACAGAUCCUGCCGAGGUGGAAAGAGAAGAAGCUCUGAGGAAUGAUGUGAACCAGGAGGGGAAAGAAGAUGGGAAAGAGGAAAACAAAGAAGAAACCCAAGUGAAUCAAGAGGCCAAACCACCAUCCAUAUCCCACUGGGAAGACUGCACUUUUGAUGAGAUUACUGCCAAGGUGUCUUUUCCUUCCAGUCCAGAGAACAACGGUACAGGUUUGAUGCAAUCUCCAGAAGCGGGCAGCUGUGAAACUCAACCAGCUGGUGUUACGCUCUCAGGAGAAGAGAAAACAGAGCCAGAAGCCACUAGCUGUGGCUGGAAUACUGAAGCAGACAAUUGUAAAGUUCCCCAAAGCGAUCAACUGCUAAUGAUGGGACCUGGUGAAAGUAUGUCUAGAGAGGACACUUCCAUGUUGCAAGAGAGAGAAAGCGCCCAGCUCCAAGCCAUCCCAGCAGGUACUGAGAUGGAGAGCACAUCUGCUUUUUUUCUUAAGAAUAAGCUCUUAACUGAAGAAGAUGGUAUUUUGGGUGAUGACUGCACCAAAAUGGAAUCUGCCGGACAGAGUUUCAUUUCUCUGGAGCAGGAGAAUGAGAAUAACCCUGUUGCCCAAAUACAGAUACCCAAAGAUUCAGAACCUCCAAAGGUUUAAUGAUGCAGAUGGAAUGAUAAGUACCAGUGGGUAUAUGAAAAUGUUCCAAGCAUGAAAAACAAAAUCUCCUUGUGAAAGCAACCAGGAGAGCUAAACAAAGCACUAGUCAGAAAAUUAGCCAAGGUUAAUUGGCCAGAGAGUUUCUCUCUGAAAACAAUUCAGCCAAGAAUUUUUAGGGUCUGAGUGUAAAUUUCUACAAGAAAAAAUACUGUAAGAAAAUCCCUUAAACUAAAAAGUGAAAGCAAAAGGAAAGCCUUAGUUACAAAGGUAAACUGUGCAAAUGAUUGCUUCAGUUUUCAUAGGAAUUUAAAAAAUAAUAGAGUGUCUUUAUUUAAGAGG